UUUAUUUUCUACUUCAACUCUUAAUACUCAAAAGACAUUUACGAGUAGCUAUUCCAAGACGUACAACCAUGGUAUCAUCAACAAGCCCAGCAUCCAAGAUGCUCGAGGGCGGGUGCCUAUGCGAAGCCGUCCGCUACACGAUAUCCUUCCCAAAAGAUCACGAUCUUUCCAACGACUCUUUGGGUUGCAUCUGCCAAUGCACCCAGUGUCGCAAACAAACGGGAAGCUUUUUCCUCGCGACUUUGACAGUCCCCGUCUCCGCCAUCGAGUGGCAGGGCGACUCGGAGGACAAGAUCAAAAGAUAUCGCAAGUCCAAGAAUAUCGCGCGGGGCUUUUGCGGCGACUGCGGCUCCUUUUUGUUCUGGCAUCCCGACGGGAAAGAUAUCAGCGUCGCGACAGGAAGCCUGGACGCUAAGUAUCUUUUUGGCGAAGGAGUAGAGGACACGAAGAGCGGAGUUCCCCAGGAGGGGUUUGCAAAGGAGAUCUUCAGUGGUCAUUUUAACGUGGAGUUUUGCGAGAGUGAGAUCAAGGGCGUGACAGAUGAUAUGCCCAUUCUUCACAAGGGAAAGCGAUGUCAAGGUGAUAGUUCCAAUUCUUGAGGCCUAAGGGAACCACCCUGAACUUUUUGGGUUCGUGUAACUAGUUUCUGUCUCUAUAAUUCUUCUCUCCAGUAUCAUCCCUCAUCAGUGGCGACAAAGAGCGCGGACGAAGCUGCGGUAGUGGAAUGCCGCCCUGUGCAUUGAUGCGACGUAUCAUGUCGCCAACCUCGGGAUAAUCAGGUUCAUCAUUAGGUCUUCUGUCAAAUAUCCUCAUCUCUAUGAUGGUGAAUGGUCUUCGUUCCC